AACAUGGCGGCGGGUCGGGAAUUAGAGGAUAUCAGUUCACGGUCGAUACCCCGACAAUUCGACCUCCUCCCGAACAACCACGACUACCCAGACCGCUCCAUGUCUCUCAACUCCGACCACGGCGAAUCUCUCGACUACCUGCAAAGUUUCAACGAGAGAAACUCACACCUAACCUUCCAAAGAUCCCUAGACGACUCCGAUGAUGAGCCUUUGUUGGAUCUUGACGAAGCGGGCCCUUCCUGUAACCAUACGGGCCCGUGUUCGUGUCCGACCGACGGGACGUCCGGGACGCCACGGCGGCCGCGCUUCAGAGAUAAGAAAGCCAGGAACCAACUGAUCAUCUGCUGUGUGCUCUGUUUCCUCUUCAUGAUAGGAGAAUUCAUAGGAGGUUACCUGGCCCACAGCCUGGCGAUUAUGACAGAUGCUGCCCACAUGUUCAGUGACUUCGGCAGUUUCCUGAUCAGUCUGGCUGCACUGUGGAUAGGAUCCCGCCAACCAACAGAUAAAAUGACAUUUGGGUACUACAGAGCAGAGGUUUUGGGUGCUCUGGUGAGUGUGCUGAUCAUCUGGCUACUGACAGGGAUACUGGUAUAUGAGGCUGUACAGAGGAUCAUCUACAAGACUAUACAGAUAGAAGGGGACACCAUGCUCAUUACAGCUGGCUGUAGUGUAGCUUUUAACAUCAUAUUGACUAUCAUACUGCAUUUCCAAGGGAGGUCACAUGGGCAUUCACACGGAGGGACUCAGAGGGUAAGCGAUGGAGAAUCUGGAGGCAGAAACAUCAACGUGAGAGCAGCCUUCAUCCAUGUACUUGGUGACCUUCUCCAAAGUGUGGGAGUCCUCAUAGCUGCCUACAUCAUCAGAUAUAAGCCGGAGUACCAGAUAGCAGACCCCAUCUGUACGUUCCUGUUCUCAGUGCUGGUGCUGGUCACCACAUUCACCAUACUAAGGGACACACUCAGGGUCCUACUGGAAGCAACUCCGCGGUGUAUAGAUGUGUGUGCAGUAAAGCGUGACCUGGCCAUCCUGCCUGGAGUCAGAGGGGUCCACAACUUACAUGUCUGGUCUCUUACUAUGGACAAGAAUGUGCUCAAUGUGCACUUGAUAUUGGCCCAAGAUGCAGACCAUGAGGCAGUGCUUCAGUCGGCCACAUGGAGGAUACGUAAGAACUACCCGAUCCACCGCUGUGCCAUACAGGUGGAGAAGGCCUGUCAGCCUUGUGUGCAGGAAACCAAAGGGGCAGUAGAGGGAUAGCGCCUAGGAAAAAAUGUUGUUUCCUGCUUCCUGACCAACACUAGAAAAAACUGACAACCCUAGCCUUUUAUAGUCUGCAGGCAAGCUGGACACUCUAUGGCCGGCCAACUCCUCUGGCAAAUGAUGUCCCCCAUAGCCGAUUUCUAUUAUAUUCAGCCUGCAAAGGAGUCUGGUGGAGACUAGCCUUUUUAUGUGGAUCCCUGCAAGGGAAUUGAAUUUUUUAAGCUGAUUGACCAUUUCUAGCUCCAUGAUCUGACACCUGAGUGAUGAAACGUUGUGCAAUCAGUUUUCCAACAUUGACAUUGACAAUAUAAGUGUCCUCAUGUAAGUUCUACUUUU